UUCGUUCGUGAAGCUCAAUUGCUUCGCAAAAAACCUUUUUGGACAGCGAGGAAGAAGUACAUGUAAAAUCAAAGCAGGAGCGGUCUGGCAGCUACGUGACUAUUAUUCCCAAUUUGGUAACGGAUAUUCGUAGGAUGAUAUCGGAUUUAAUAAUUUGUUGCACGCUUUUUAUCAAUGCUUGUGCUAUUCUAAAUUUUAAACUCAAAAAGAAAUCAAGUGGCGAGACAUUUGGUGAAGAAGAGAGUAGCGCUGGUGAUAAGAUACGUGAAUUUCUGGUCAAUCUCAGAUAUUUCCGUAUCUUUAUUGGGCUGUGGAAUGUUGUUAUAAUGUUCAUGAUGUUUGUGAUAUUCUCUGGAUAAUGGGCGUUGUUUAUCAUUCGUGAAGAAACGUUACCGAUCAAUACUUAUUACUCAUUUGUAGAGUUUUAUGACUGAUCUUGCGCUGGGUUUAUUUAGAUGACUUGAUUUAACAAAUAACAUUUGUAUUUAGGAACUAUUUAAUUUUGUAUAAAGUGUAUAAAUGGAA